AUGGCCUCCAUCGCAGAAACAUGCCAAAAACACGCCCUCACCGAAUCCCAAUUCACCGCCCUCCGCGCCAAAGCCGUCGCCGCCAAAGAAACCGCCUACUGCCCCUACAGCAAGUUCCGGGUGGGCGCGGCGGUCCUCGGCGCAGACGACUCCAUCACCACGGGGGCCAACGUCGAGAAUGCGUCGUACCCGGUGGGAACGUGUGCCGAGCGCGUGGCCUUUGGGAAGGCCGUUACGGAGGGGGGCGUGAGGGCGUUCAAGGCGGUGGCGGUGGCGACGGAUGUGUGUCCGCCGGCGAGUCCUUGCGGGAUGUGUAGGCAGUUUAUUCGUGAGUUUUGUGGGUUGGAUGUGCCGGUGAUUAUGUUUGAUGGGGAGGAGAAUUUUGUGGUUCUUACGUUGGAGGAGUUGCUACCCAUGUCAUUCGGCCCAGAAAAACUGCAGAGAUAA